GUAUUGUACUAUGUAUUAUGUAUAAUAUCCUUGAUCCUACUUUAUACUUAAGUAGUAAGUACGUACUAAAGUCUAAAAGUUCUAAACUAAAGCGUUAUACUCAUUAGUCAUUAUAUAAUAUAUAUUAAUUAAUAUAGUUAAAAUAAUUAUGCCAUAACUUUAAAGUUUUUUUAUUUCUUAUUGUUUUCUGUAUGCACCAGAACUUAUAGAUUCAUAUCAAAAUUAGUACAAAAUAAAUAUUUAAAUGUUUUUAUUAUUUUAUUCUUAUCUUUAAAUUGUAUAAAUAAAAAUAUUAAUUAUGUUUGACAAUAAGAUGUUAAAUGCUUUUCCUCAAAUAUCCCACACAAAUUUAAUCAAUAUACUGAAAGAUAUGCCUGGACCCAAAGACUUAGUUGUAGAACAUAGACUUUUCAAACCUCUUGAAAUGUUUAUUGAUAUGAAAAGCUUAAGGCUUUACGGGGUAGAAAAAGUGUAUAAACUGCAAGAAUCAGUCAACCCUAUUACCAAUCGACAGUGUGUCUUUUUAGUGUCAUCGAAUUUACCAGCAACAAAAAUUAUUUGUGAUCUCAUUAAUUCAUGUUUAAGUAUGAAAAGCUUAGCUGAAGAUAUUAUUAAAAUUAUUCUUGUUCCUAGGUCAUUGAUUACUAUAGAAAAACAAUUUGAAGAAGAAGGUGUCUAUGGGUACAUUCAAAUAUUUGAAUUUCAAUGGGAUUUCAUCCAUUUAGGAGACUCAUUACUUUCAUUAGAAAUGAUAGAUUUCUACAAAAAUGUGUUUGUCGAAGAAAAUCAAUCGUUGUUAAUACCUGUUGCUAAAGCUCUAUGGACAGCUUUUAUGGUUUUUGGGUUUCCUAAGACCGUAUGUGUAAAUGGAAAAUCAUCUACUGCUGUUUAUAAAUUAUUGAAUAGAUUUUUCACGGAAAGAGGAAAACCUAACAUUAAUAAUCAAUCAUGUUUUUGUAUUUUAGAUAGAGAUUUUGAUUAUGCGAGUGUUCUAUUAACUCCUUGUACUUAUGCCGGUCUUUUAGAUCAAGUAGUAGGUAUACAAAAUGGAAUAGUGGAAAUAAAAAAAAAUGAUGGAACUACAUCUAUAAAAAAUUUAUGUAAUCCUGAUGAAACUUACGAAUAUGUCAAAUACAAGCAGUUUGGUGAUGUAUUGAAUUACUGGAAAUCAAAAUCCAAGGAAUUGCAAGAUAAAUUGGAAAAAAGCAAAAAAUUACAAUUAGAUGAAAUGAAACAGUAUGUUACUCAAGAGUUACAAAGUGUCUUGAUGUCAAAGAAAAACCUUACUUUCCAUAUAGAUGCAUCUGAAGUUGUAUCAAAAGUAAUAGGUGAUAAAUUUAUUGAUUAUAUUACACUUGAAAAAAAUAUGUUAGAAAACAGAAGUCGCAAAGAAAAUUUAAACUGUAUAGAAGAUUUGUUAGCCUUUGGAAAAGGUAGUGCCAAUAAUAUACUUCAGCUCAUUUGUUUAUUUUCACAAUCCCAAGAUGGAUUCACAACAAUAGAAUUAAAUAAUAUUAAAACAAAAUUUUUACACCAAUAUGGAUUCAAAUAUUUUGAGACAUUCCAUGUUUUAGAGAAAAUGAAUUUAAUAGUAAAACAAGAUAAUAACUCGGUUUUAAAUAGUAAUUUAAAUAAAAUUAUAUCUAUAAAUAAAACCAAACAAAUAAUGCAAAACAUGAUGCAGAAAUUAAGGCUAGUAGAUGAUAGUGAGCAUUGCAUGAGUGCUGCAUUUGGUGGAUCAUAUGUUCCCGCUAUUGGUAAAAUAAUCGAGAUUAUGUGUAAAGAAGAAAUGCCGGAGGAAGAAAUUGUUAAAUUAUUAUCGAACUAUUCAUUCCAAGUUAAUGAUUUUAAGACAGGUAUAAAAACAAUAUAUGUUAUGGUAAUCGGAGGUAUAACAUACGCUGAACAAGCAGCACUUCAUUUUUUAGAAAAGUCAAUGAAUAUAAAAAUUAUUAUAUUCAGCACUAAUAUAAUUAAUGGAAAUAUUUUAAUAAACUCUUGUUUGUAGGUAUCAAUGUAUAUUAAAUUCAAUUAUAUCAAUGUUAAAAGAUUAAUUAAAAAAUACUAAAUAAUGUAUUAAUAAUGUAAUAAAGAAUUUUAUUUUAAAUACUAUUAUUAAAAACUUGUAGACUAUUAAUAUUAAUGUGUUUUGUAAUGGUUAAUAUAAGUAUAACUUUAUUGUGAAUAAUAAAUCAUUAUUUAUGUUAAGUUUUUGUUUGAUUUAUUUUGAGAUGUUUCAAUAUUAAAAUAAAUAAUAAAUUAUUACUACCUACUUAUUUAUUGUGGAGAAGAUAAUUUAGUAUAGCAUAACUUAUUAUCUUAUUACUUGUUACAUGCUAAUUAUUAUGUUAUUAUAUUAAUUACUAAGCAUAGUUCAGUAUAUUUUGUGAAAAUAGAGACUGACUGACUGAAUCACUCAUUAAGUCAUAAUGAAUUACUAACAAUUUAUUCUCAUAUAAAACUGAAUACACUCAUAAAUUAAUCUAUUCAUAAAAACUAAAAACAUAUAGAGACAAAAAUUAAAAUUAUAUCCUUGUUUUAAAAAAUUAA